CCAACACGAAAAUGUCGUGCAACCUCCUCACCAACCCCUCCUUCGAAACCGGCACCCUAUCACCGUGGUUCACCACUGUCCCCAACGUGAACAUCGCCACCAUCACGAACGCGACCGCCGCCUACGAUGGGAAUUAUUACCUGUAGGUCUGCCCUUUUCCACCUGCCCCCUGCCUCCCUACCCUCCAUCCCUAUCACAUGUACCUACUGCACAGCACUAAAGCCGAGAGGGACCAGCGACCUCAAAACGGACUACGGCAACCGCGGGCACUCGAUCGCGCAGACGGUGAGGGGCCUCCAGCGCGGCACGGUGUACGACUUCCGGGCGCAGAUCCAGAUCCCGGGCGCCUCGUCGGGGGUGGAGUACUGUUUCGUGGACGCGUAUAUCGGCGGGAACGCGACGACGGGGCUCAUUGUGUCGCAGCUGCUGGAGCCCUCGGGGGAGGGGUGGACGACGGUGCGGGGGUCGUAUCAGCGGCGGGGGCGGCGGGCGGAGGAUGUGUUGACGGUGACGGGGUCGUGUACGUCGCCGGGCAGUUCGUAUGUGUGGGAUGUGUUGGUGGAUGAGGUGGUUUUGGAGGCGGUGGGGGGGUGUGUUUGAUUGAGAUGGUGAUGGUGUCACUGGUUGUUGGGUCGUCGGGGUGGGUUGUGGGUGGUGGUGAUGGGCUGGGCUUGG